AUGGCAGCAGUGGCCUGGUCCGUGGUGCAGCUGCAGAAGGCCGGCGGCUGGGCGUGUGCCGGCACGGCAGUGCUGCAGGCCGGCCCUGGAGGCUGCCUAAUGCCCGCGCGCUACGAAACGUACGACGCGCUUGUGGUGCAGGUUGAGGGCGCGCGGCGCGUGCUGCUCGUGUCGCCCGAUAUGGCGUUUCGAGGCGCCACUCCAUUUCCGGUAGCGCACCCCUAUGAUGGCUACAGCUGCCUGGAUUUUGAGGACCCCGAGGUUGAGCACUGGCCCAGGGCCAAGGAGGUGCGUGGCAUUGUCGUCGACCUGCAGCCGGGUGACACCCUGCUCAUCCCAGCGUUUUGGUUCGCACACACGCAGCUGCUGGACAACGCACACCAGCCCCCUGGUCCCCCGCCAACGGCGGCUGCAGCAGCGACAGCAGCAGCUGCUGCUGGAUCUACCAAGGCCGAGGGCGGCAGCGCGGCCAUCAUCCUGAGGCUGCAGCCUGCUGCAGCACAAGAGGGCAAGGCGGCGGCUGCGGAGGCGAUCGCAGGGCAGGUGGAGGCGGAGGCUGGGGUGCCAGGGGCGCGUCACGGUGGCGGCAGGCCGCUGGGGGAUGGGGCCCUGAAGCUGCAGAUGUCCCGCAUGGUGGAGGCCGUGGUGGCGGAGGAAGUCGGGGCGGCCAACGUGCGCAAGUGGCUCAAGGUGCUGUCUGACAGCCGUGAGUGGGAGCAGCUGGAUCUGGGUACGCCGCAGGGCUACCGACAGCUUCGCGUGUGUGAAGUGGUGAUGAAGCAGGCGCAGUGUGUCCUUGGGCUGCUGGAGCCCCCUGCGCUGCAAGCCCUGAUCCGGGAGGGCGAGGCGUGCCGCGCGUUGCAGAGCACAGCGCGCGGCGGCCUGCGCGCGCUGCUGCUCCCCCACAACGACGCUGGCAGCACAAACUGCAGUGGCAGCGGCGGGGCUCACAGCGACAGCUGCAUCGCCGUUGGCAGCAACGAUUACCACAAUGGCCAGGGGGUGAACAAUCCAGCUCGUGCUGAGGCUUUUGUGAAGCCGCAGCAGGUCCUUGCCGCUGCAGCAGGAGCGGGGUUGUGCACAGCCAGCGUGCUGACGGCGAUGGGCGGCAAAGGCAGCCGCGCAGCCCGGCCUGGAAGUGGCUGCAGCGGCAGACUGAGGGACAGCUGCUACAGCGGCGUGGACGAGCGGAUGCUUGAGGCGGCGGCGCGGUCCUUCUUUGCGCUCAUGUGUGAUGGCCGGCUCUUCGCCACCGACUGGCUGAACGAGGUCCGCGGCAUCAAUGAGCCGCGAUACUUACUGCAGGAGCCCGAUGCCGAGGCGGCGCGCUACCCGCAGCUCUUCCGCCACAGGCUGCUAGCCGAGCGGCCGGACUGGCGCGACCAUGCCCGCCUGCUGCCGCCCUCAGGAGGGCAGCGCCUGCUGGCGGGCGCUGCAGGCCGUGCCGAUGGCAGGGGCUAA